AGUCUCACUUAUCCAAGACUCGCUUAUCCAACGUUCUGGAUUAUCCAACGCAUUUUUGUAGUCAAUGUUUUCAAUAUAUCGUGAUAUUUUGGUGCUAAAUUCAUAAAUACAGUAAUUACAACAUAACAUUACUGCGUAUUGAACUAUUUUUUCUGUCAAAUUUGUUGUAUAACAUGAUGUUUUGGUGCUUAAUUUGUAAAAUCAUAACCUAAUUUGAUGUUUAAUAGGCUUUUCCUUAAUCUCUCCUUAUUAUCCAACAUAUUCGCUUAUCCAACAUUCUGCCGGCCUCUUUACGUUGGAUAAGCGAGACUCUACUGUAGUUUAUCCUUACCAGGUUUAGGUAUCAAUAUUAUCCUAGUAUGUUUCCAUGAAUUUGGUUUGGGUUUUCCCCUCAAUAUUUCAUCUCCUCUCUUUUCCUUCUGCUGCUUGUGACAGGAAAUCUGGCUUUCUGCUCCAAUCCAUUUCCACGCUAAAUCUAGUUCUUUCGUGGUGGAUUGUCUUGCAGAAAGAGCGAAAGAGGGCACGCUCUUCUUUUUUUAAGAGAAUUAUUACUGCUUCGGUUCCUAAACAAAAGAUAUACACUGCACUCUCAGUAUACACUUGAAAUCAAGGGCCAAAGUUUGACCAUGCCUGAUUUAUCUGCAUAUAUACGCAAUGGUUCAGGGAGUUAUCUGUCUUGGGAAAUGGCUGGAGGGAUCUUGGCCAUGGUUCCCUUUCCUAAUGGAUUAUGCAACCCGGGACAUAGAGAGGUAGCUGUCUUCAAGUUACAUUUUGAUGCAUAUACAGUAGAGUCUCACUCAUCCAAGCUUCUGGAUUAUCCAAGCCAUUUUUGUAGUCAAUGUUUUCAAUGUAUCGUGAUAUUUUGGUGCUAAAUUCGUAAAUACAGUAAUUACAACAUAACAUUACUGCAUAUUGAACUACUUUUUCUGUCAAAUUUGUUGUAUAACAUGAUGUUUUGGUGCUUCAUUUGUAAAAUCAUAACCUAAUUUGAUGUUUAAUAGGCUUUUCCUUAAUCCCUCCUUAUUAUCCAAGAUAUUCACUUAUCCAAGCUUCUGCCGGCCCGUUUAGCUUGGAUAAGUGAGACUCUACUGUAUUAGAAAAAGUUUAUACACUUUGGAUAAGGAAUCAGUGUAUGGCCAUGUUCCAGCAGCAUUCUCUCCUGAUAUUUCACCCACAUCUAUGGCAGGCAUCCUCAGUGUAUGGCCAUGCUCCAGCAGCAUCCUUUCCUGACGUUUCGGCCACACCUAUGGCAGGCAUCCUCAGUGUAUGGCCAUGUUCCAGCAGCAUUCUCUCCUGACUUUUCACCCACAUCUAUGGCAGGCAUCCUCAGUGUACAGCCAUGUUCCAGCGGCAUUUUCUCCUGACGUUUCACCCACAUCUAUGGCAGGCAUCCUCAGUGUAUGGCCAUGUUCCAGCAGCAUUCUCUCCUGAUAUUUCACCCACAUCUAUGGCAGGCAUCCUCAGUGUAUGGCCAUGCUCCAGCAGCAUCCUUUCCUGACGUUUCGGCCACACCUAUGGCAGGCAUCCUCAGUGUAUGGCCAUGUUCCAGCAGCAUUCUCUCCUGACUUUUCACCCACAUCUAUGGCAGGCAUCCUCAGUGUACAGCCAUGUUCCAGCGGCAUUUUCUCCUGACGUUUCACCCACAUCUAUGGCAGGCAUCCUCAGUGUAUGGCCAUGUUCCAGCAGCAUUCUCUCCUGACGUUUCAGCCACAUCUAUGGCAGGCAUCCUCAGUGUACAGCCAUGUUCCAGCAGCAUUCUCUCCUGACGUUUCACCCACAUCUAUGGCAGGCAUCCUCAGUGUAUAGCCAUGUUCCAGAAGCAUUCUCUUCUGACGUUUCACCCACAUCUAUGGCAGGCAUCCUCAGCGUAUGGCCAUGUUCCAGAAGCAUUCUCUCCUGACGUUUCGCCCACAUCUAUGACAGGCAUCCUCAGUGUAUGACCAUGUUCCAGAAGCAUUUUCUCCUGACAUUUCACCCACAUCUAUGGCAGGCAUCCUCAGUGUAUGGCCAUGUUCCAGCAGCAUUCUUUCCUGACGUUUCACCCACAUCCACGUCAGGCACCUCAGAGGUUGUGAAGUAUUCAUAAAAUCAUAUUAUUUGCUUGAAGUCUCUUGGUGAACUAUAAAUCAUUGUGGGGGGAGUACCGUAGCAAGAUAACAAACAUGUAAGUUUGGAAAAAGGUAUCUUUUGAAGCAGAGAAAGUCCUGCAAGCUUGGUUUAUUCCCCAAAAAUCCAUUUAUUUCACUUAUGUUGAAACUAUAAGAAUAACCACAAUCUCCGGCGUAAAGGACAUGUGAUGUGGGCUGGAAAUGCUUCUGUUACGGGUCUGUGAACCCUUUUGUUUCAAAGUUUUCUCUCCAAACUCACGGGAUUCAUUCUGGCUUCUGAGCUCUUCUCUGGGGAUCAUGUCUCUGCGGAAUCUCUCCCUUCUUUUUGGAUUCUCGGUCCUUUGGACCAGACUCGGUUCGCAUCACGCCUUUCCCGACGGCGCACCUUCCUCGGCCUGCGGAAACAUGUUGCCUUUGCACCCGGGGACCCAGCCCCAGACCUCUCCGGCCCCUUUCCAGAUCCUGGCCAGCGCACCCUCUUUCUCAAAGGGUCAGCCCAUCAGUGUUCAGAUCACCGGGUCCGAAUACAGAGGCGUGCUGCUGGAGGCCCGGACAUUUGGUUCCCCGGUUGCAUUGGGUUCAUGGCAAACUCCUCCCAACAACACCAGACUAUUAGAGUGUUUUGGACGACCGGAUGUCGCAGUCACUCAUUCCAACACCAACUUGAAAACCAAAGAGGCGAAUUAUACAUGGCUUCCGCCCGACAAAGACUGCCCUAAAGUAGUGCUGUUUGUAGCAACCGUGGCCCAGUCUUACGACGUCUACUGGACCGACGUGAAGUCCAAAGUGGUUUGGAAAAACAAAGAUGCAACAUGUGGAGGAAUGUCCUUUGCAAGAGCCAUCAAUGGAGUCAUGGUCUUCUCUCUGUUCCUGAGUUUGCUGGGAUACAAUUAGAAACCAGUGCAUUGAGAUCUAUACUAUAUACAUUAUUAAUAUUAGUCAAUCAAGCAGAAGACAUACCCCCAAUACCCCCAAAGCUUUGUUGCCGCAUGUCAUUACAAUUAGCAUACAUCCUCAGCUAUGCUUCCUGCUGUAACCAGGUCUAUUGCUAUAGAAUUAUGCAUAUUUAACUAUACCGCAAAAGGGGAAACUAAUAUAUAAUUGCCACACUGCAUCUACGGCCUUCAAAAGAUGGAAUGAACAACAUCACGGGUUCGUUGUUUGGUAAUGAUGGAUUGCUGCCUCCUCCUUUAUUUCUCCCGGCCAUGUUUUGAAGCUAAAUAAAUAUAAUUUUCACCAUCUUAA